UGACAGCCCGCAAACUGUCAUUGUGUAAUGUUCCCGUCGUCGAGUCGAGCGAUAUCGGGCAGUGGGGAUAUUCACGUUAUUCUGCCAGGGAAUCAAAUAUUUCCGGACAAGUUUUGCUUCGAAAGGAUAGAGCAGCGCUCAAGACGUCGUUGAAUCGUUUGUAAACAGGAAGUAGCCUCUGUGGAUUCGGACACUAUGUCGUCGGGGGAUGAUGAUGCAGGGGCUUGCUACGUUCCCAUGCAGGAACACUCGUGCGAAAUUUGCGGUUUAACCGGACUCACUGACGAUAUGAUGCGGGAGCACACACGAACAUGCCAUGUGGAAGGAAACGCUCAGUGUCCGUUUUGCGGCUUCAGCGGAGUCUCACCGGCCGAACUGCUACUUCACGUCAAUCAGGCCCACUUGGAUUAUUUAACGCCUGAAAACGAAUUGAUGAGUUUCAUCGAUGACCCGAGUCCCAGCAUCGACGAGGAAUCUGAUUCUCUAUCGGAAUGCCGAGGUUUGUCGCCACCAAAUCAAAACUGCAACAAUCAGGGUCUUAAUCAUCAAAAACCCAUCGUAAAUAAUGUAAAAUGUUCAACAGCAGUAGGAGCAACGAUUUUUAAUGAUAUAUCUAACACAAAUUAUACGCCGUCGUGUUCGAAUAACCAGAUUCGGUCUAACGAAUGUAAUAACAAAAACUGUGAUAUGGUCAAUGGCAGUAGUAGUGGGGGUAGUAGUAGUAAUUCAAAUAGUAACAGUAAGGAGCAGCUUGUAAAUGGGUUUGAUUUACCAAACGGUAGUGGUAGUGCGGGUCAGGGCUCACCAUCACGCUCGCAAUUAGGACUCAAAUUGAAAAGUCACACGCCUGCCACACGAAAGCAAAGUCCGUUGCAAUGUCCAUUAUGUCCAUAUACGUCAGAGAAUGCUAAUAUUUUGGAGGAACAUAUAAAUCGCUCACAUUUCGAUCCGCUUAGCCCUAGUAUUAAUUCAAAUUCUUCCAGCAACCACUUGAGUACCUUGAAUGCACUACAAUGUCCAAUUUGUACGCGAACGUUUGAAAAUUCAUCAGAUUUAGAGCUUCAUGUUAACAUAGAACAUAGAGAUAUUUUAAGCCCCGGCAAAGCAAAUACAACAGAGAACGGAUACACAGUCGGUCAUAAUGGUAGCAUUUGUCCUGUGUGCAAUCUUUCGCUUGAUAAAAUGAAAUCACAGGAAGUGGAUCUACACAUUGAAGGGCAUUUUGCGAAAAGUCCAAAUAAUAUUAAUUCGAAUGCAGAUUUAGAAAAAGAGGCGCAAAAAUUGCGCGAACAACGUGAAUUUGAAAUGUUACGUGCCCAAUACGGAAUGGACGAUCAAGGAAACUUUCGUGAACAAUCAGCAGCAGCAAUGCAAAGGGCUGUUUAUGCAGGUGAAAUGAGUGUUGCUGAUUAUUAUGAGCGUCAAGUUGGCUUGCGAGCUGCAGAAUCGCAUGGAAUUGACGAUGGUACAUCUUGUACAAAGUCGGUAGCUCCACGUGUUCUUUCGUUGUCUUCAUCCUCACCUGGAGUCAUAAAGUCUCUGGUUUGUUCAGCCGUUGAUCAUUAUGCUUCUAGUUAUGGAGACAAAGGUUGGGGAUGUGGUUACCGGAAUCUUCAAAUGCUUCUUUCGUCUCUGCUGCAGAAUACAACUUUCAAUGAAGCAUUAUACUCUGCUUGGGGUACUCACGGUCCAUCAAGGACAGCUAUGCCUAGCAUCUCACGGUUGCAAAAAAUGGUGGAAGCUGCUUGGGCACAAGGUUUCGAUGUACAGGGUUCUGAACAACUUGGCUGCAAACUAUAUAACACAAGAAAAUGGAUAGGUGCCACAGAGGUGGUUACAGUUCUUUCAUGGCUAAGAAUUAAUUGCCAGCUUGUAGAUUUUCAUCGCCCUACAUCAUCAGACGGUCGUCAUCCUGAACUGUUUAACUGGGUGUUCCAAUAUUUUGACGAACCCCGAGUAUACACACCACCUUUGUACCUUCAACAUCAAGGGCACUCGCGAACCAUAAUAGGUAUAGAACAAAGAGCAUCUGGCCUAACAUUAUUGGUGCUGGAUCCAAGUCAUGGUCCACGACAAGUAGCAGCAUUAGGCUCAUCACAAGACUCUUUAAGACUGAUACGACGAGGACCAUCAGCAAUGAGAGCUCCACAAUAUCAAAUUGUUGCCGUUUGGGGUCUCAUUGAUACCGAAGAACAAUACCAAGCAAGUAAAGUCUUACGAUCUUUAAGAAUUCCACCAGAUCGUUGACCUGUGUUUCAAUUCUUUAAACAUUUAGACAAAAUCAACUAUAUUAUAAGCUGUUUUAUUUAUUUAAGUAUUAUGUACUAUAUAAUGCGAACAUUACAUUUGUAUAAAUAUUUAUUGUAGUUAGAAGAAGAUUUAUUGAAAAAGAAACUGAGAAUAAUUUAGUUUACACACAUGAACACACGAUAUUAUUGUUUCGAAAGCAGAAUAACGAGGAUUUUAUGGAAUAUAUAUAGCAUUUAUUUUAUUAAUAGUGAUCCUGAAAUGGUAGAAGGAUGAUGUGAUAAUCUAACUAUUUCGUAUAAAAUAUGAGAAACUAUAAAUUUAAA